UGGACCGUAAUUUCACCGUUCCUUGUUUAUCUAGAUCUUUCAUUUUAAUGGGAACACAACAGACACAUCAUUUCUUCAAUUGGCAAAUUAUAUGUUAUAGGAAAGUGUUUAUUUUAUAAAUUGUCCAGUGUUAAUUGAAAAUUAGUUUAGGCGAUAGCGUUUAGUCUUGUGUUUAAAAUUAAUCUAAUUGAAAACGACCUUAGUACAUAAUAAUUAAAAUGAGUGAUACUUCAUCCACUACAGGACCGACUAGAAGUUUAAAUUAUGAGGCUCUCAAAGUGCAUAUAAUUACUCAUAAAAUAAAUUGUGGAUUAUGGUUGAUCAGAGUACUCGCUAUUAUUUUUUCGAUAGCAUAUUUUAUACCAAUUUUUGGCAAUCCAUACAAUUAUUACUACAAAGUUCUUUUGGCAAAUGCGGCAAUCAGUGCUCUAAGAUUACAUCAAAGGAUAGGAAGGGUACAGUUCACAAGACAGUUUGCAGCUGAGCUGCUUUCUGAAGAUAGUUGCCAUUAUCUCUUUUAUUCGAUGAUAUUCUUAUAUGUAGCACCAGUAACAUUGGUACUUGUACCUAUCAUUUUGUUUUGCAUAUUGCACUCUGCCAGUUAUUCUCUGACUUUAUUAGAUACUUUAGGUCAGAACUCAUGGUGGGGUGCUCGAUUACUUAUUUCUUUAGUUGAAUUCCAGUCUUUGAAUAUAUUGAAAGCAGUUGCAUUCACAGAAAUUUUUCUGAUGCCCUACACAGUUUUACUUAUAUUCUUGGGCAGAGCCAGUUUGUUAACACCAUUCAUCUACUACCACUUUUUAAUGCAGAGAUACACUUCAAGAAGAAACCCUUAUACUAGGAAUAUGUUUAGAGAGCUUCGAGUUGUUUUUGAAACUACUGCAGCAAAACCCAGUAUGCCUUCAUUCGUGAAACAGUUUCUGAUGUUUGUCGUUAAUUUCACCACCAAGUUAGCACCUAUACCAACACCACAACAACAACAACAACAACAAUAGUUGAUAUAUAAAAUAUGUUGUUUCUUUUUUUAAUUUAGAGUUAAUGUACUGGUUAAAAAUAUUGGGCAAAAGGGAAAAAUUGUUAAAAAAAAUGAUUAAUUAUUUAAUUUUUUGUUGAUGGUUCGUUAGAUUAACGAAAAAGCAUGUGGUUGUUGCACUUUUUAACCUUUUUAAUGUUUUAUAUUGCUAUUGCUCAGUCGAGAUUUUGUUCUUUAUAAUUAAAAUACAUAUUAAAAAUUGUAUAA